GCAGAGGUCAACUUGUAAUCGCAGUUAUCAAGAAUAAAAAAAAUGAAUUUGUGAAAAAGAAGAAACGAUUCUUGGUACUACAGUGAAACGUAACUUCCUCUACGGCGCAAUGGUAAAAAUUGGGAUGGAGGCGCGGCAGGUGUGGGGCGCUUGCGCAGGCGUGGGCUCGCACUGGGCGCUGGGCGUGCUGCUGCUGCUGGGGCUGGCCGCCGAAGACUGGAGCGGGCCCGCCGCGCUGCUGUCACUCGCUAUCGCCUUCACCGUCGCCCUGCUCACCGCGACGUGCGGCUUCAGAGCGAGUGAGGGCGUGUCCUACAGCGGCGGCAGCGCAGGCGGCGACGGCGGCCGGUGUGCGGCGGCAGAGCCCGCCGGGAAGAGCGGCCGGCGCUGGCGGGCGGCGCGCGCGCGCCUGCCCUGGGGCGGCUUCCUGCAGAGCUGGUGGCGGCUGCUGGGCCACGCGGCCGCCGUGGCGGCGUCCGCGCGCGCCCUCUCCGCCUGCAUGGCCUACAUCGGCGGCUCGCGCUGGCUGGGCGCGCUUCUCGGCCGGCCGCCGCCCCCCGUCGCCCACGGCGGGGACGCCGGGCCGGACCCCGUGGCGCUCGCCGUCGCCGUCGUGCCCGCCCUCCUCUGCGCGCUAGGCCUCGAGUCGUCGUGGGUGCUGCGGCUGCUGCUCAACGCGGCGGUGGCGGCGGCCGUGGCGUUCUUCGUGUCGGUGGGCUCCCUCCACGCCGACCCAGCCAUGUGGGCGGAGCACGGCGCCGUCGCAGACGGAUUACGUGGAGUGGCGUCGGGAGCUGCGCUGUGCUCCUAUGGCUUCCUGGGGCUGGCAUCGGCAUCGGCGUCGUCGUCUGUGUCGGCGUCGACAAGGCACUCGCACCCCGUCCAGCCCUCACGGUUGUCUCGGGUGACGCUCGCAGUGUUGCUGCUCGCCUCCCACUGCGCUGUUGCCACGCUGCUCGCCAUGCUCGUACACUACAGGGGCCUGCGCGGGUCUGCGGUGCCGCUGCUGCAGGUGUUCGAGGUGCGGGACGUGGACUGGGCGCGCGUCGUCAUGGCCGCCUGCUCGGUGCUCGCCUUCGCGCUCGUCAUGGUCGAGGAGAGCGGGCCCAUGCACGCCAUCGUCGUCUCGCUCGCCGAGGCGCCCUCAGGUGGUGGGCGGUACCGCCGCUUGCCUAUCCGGCGGGAGGACGAGGACAGCGGCGACGAGGAGUGGUCGAUGGCGGCGGCGGAGGCGUCGCGGCGGCGGCUGGCGCUGCAGCGUCUGCGCGCCGGCCUGGGGCUGGCGCUGGGCCGCUCGCGGUCCGAGGCGGCGCUGCUCGACGACGCCGACGCCGACGCCGGCGCCCCGAGCGGCGCCUCGACGCCGGGCGCCAGCUCGCUGGCCCGCCUGCUGGGCGACGACCAGGUGGAGGUGGGCGCGCACACCUACACGCGCCGCCCCGCCUCCUCACUGCACCUCAACGGCGUCUACGCCGUGCCGGCGGCCAACGGAUUCGCCAACGGUGAAGUCUUCCGGCCCGUGGCCAACGGAGCCCCGUGCCACGUGAGCACCGUCCUGCCGGCAAACGGCCACUCCGACCUCUCCUCGGUCCCUCCCGACUGGAAGAAAUUCAGCAGAAAUAUGGCCGGCAAGUCCCCUGGCGCCGACAGCAGGUCGUCUGUCACCUUUCCCAGGGAUCUGUUCGACAGCGUGGACGGGCAGCACAGUGUGCGCGUCAUCGACAUCAACAACAGCGACGACCGGCUGGCGUACUGCAAGCAGCGCUUCCCCAUAGGAGACUCGGACGUCGAGGACGAAGAGGUCACGUCCUCGUCCGAAGGCAGCAGCGAAGAGAGCAGUUCCACCGACAUCGACGCCAUAGUCGCCGAGUACAAGGAGAAACUACAGGUGGCGACAGCGACGCCCACGACGCCGGGGGGCGGGUGCGCAGCGUCGCGCGACCACGCGGCGACGGCGGCGUCGGGGCGGCGCGUGCAGCUGUGCCUGUGGGCGGCGGCGCCGUGCGCGGCGGCCGUGGCUGCCGGCGUCGCGCUGCUGCCCGCCAGCCCCUCCGCGGCGGGGGCGGCCGCCGGCCUGGGGGCGGCAGCGUGCGCCGCGCUGGCCGCCGUGGUGGCGCGCCAGCCCCCCGCCUCCGCCGCCCCCGCGCCACUGCUCUGCCCCUGGCUGCCCGCUGCCUGCGCUCUCGCCUGCCUCGUGGCCGCGGCGCAGCUGCUGCCCGCUGCCUGGCCGUCGGCACUUCUCUGGCUCGCAGUCGGUGAGUGCCUUCGCUACCAGUGCGCCACGUGUCGCAUAGCGCUGCAGUACAGACGUAACAGGAAAACAUAG